AUGCGCGUCCCGGCGGAUGUGGAGACGGUGAGGUUGCUGCUGAGCGUCGCUGCGGCCGAGUUCGAUGCGAGGUUCCCGCGGGAGCAGGUGGAUGUGGCGAGGGGGAUUUUGGAGCGGAAGGGCAGGGAGGACGGGGAGGGGGCGAAGCACGAGGUGGUGUGGUAUGAGGGGUGUCAUCACGGGUGGGCGAUUAGGGGGAACAAGGAGAAUGAAGUUGAGGGGAGGAAGGGGCUGGAGGCGGAGGAGCAGGCGUUGAGGUGGUUUGAGGCGCGGUUUGCGGAGGUGAGGGCUCGGUCGGUGGAGUGA